AUGUGUGUGUGUGUGUGUGACUUUAAUACGUGGGAUAGAUCGAUUCACGGUUUUGCUUUUAUAUCAAUUUAAGCCAAUCAUCAUGAACCAGCUCGUCUGAUGGUUGGAAAUAAACCCCGCUUCAGAUUACCAUAUAUAGAAACGAUGAGAAGAGAUACAAAAAAAAAGGGGGGGUUCCAUCAUUCAUGAAUAGCAUGAAUAAUAUGAAAUCAAGUAUUGCUUCAAUUUUUUUUUAAAAAAAUUGGCACGAUCUCUAAGCAACAGAACGUAUGAAAAACUAAGACAGACACAUACAUACACAAAGAGUGACGAGUUAAAAAUAAUAUAUGAAUUAUGUUUGUGUCGUAUUAAAUCAAUUUAACCUUUUUCCUUUUUGUGCUUCUUUCUUUCUUUUUUUCUCUUAUCCUCAAAAAAAAAAUAUGACUACUGCUGACGUUGUUCCUGUUUCUGCUCCUACUUUCACUAAGAACUUGAAGAAGCCUGACGAUGCAGGCCAUAAGAAGUUCUUGGAGGAUUUGAAUCAAAAGAUUGAUCUCUUGAAAAAGCAAAAUGAAACUGUCAAGUCCAAGAUUGAAAAGUUGGGUAAGCAUGACCCCACACGUCGUGAAGACUUGAAGAACCAAUUGAAUGAAAUCCGUGAUAAACAAUCGGAAAUCAAGAAGAGUAAGAAGUCUGUCUAUGAACAAUUGGAUGCCUUGAAUGAUUCCAUCAAAAAGAAGGUUGGUAAUGUAAAGUCUUUCCAAACAAAGGUUCCCUUCAAGUCCACUGAAGAAGUAGAUCAACGUGUCAGGGAACUUGAAAUUCAAAUUGAACGCGGUGUAAGAUUAGUGGAAGAGAAAAAGAUUCUUCAAGAAAUUUCCACCUUAAAACGCGGUCGUACUCAAGUCGAAGGUGUGAAUGAACAACAAGACGCUAUUGAAAGAGAGCGUACGUUUUACAAUGAAUUAAGAAAGAACGUUGAUGAUGGUGAGAACAAGCGUUUGAGUGAUGAAUAUGAACUUUUGAAUGAAGAACUCAAGACUUUGUUGACGGAUGGUGCCAAACAACGCGAUGAACGUAAUAAGUUAUAUGAUGAACGUACACGUAUUAAGCUUCAAUUGGAUGAAGCUUUCAAUACUUUACGUUCUUCUCGCGAUGAACAUCGUAAGGCGAACGAUGAAUACUAUACUGCUGUACGUGAGGCGCGUGAAAGGAGAAAGGAAACUGAACGUCUUGAUAAAAUUAAACAAGAGGUUGAGAAACGUGAAGAAGUGGCUCGUCAAGAACUCGAAUUGGCUUCUUUGCCUGCUUUUGAACAAGAAAUCAUUUUGUGUGACACUUUGUCUGCUUUCUUGCAAGGUUUCGUUGCCAAGGGAAAUCUCCCUAAUGGCGUAGCUGACCCCACAAACGCUGCUUUAAAUGCGGCUACAUUGGAGGCCAACAGUAAUAAUGCGCCUCAAGGUUUUGUUCUCAAAAAGAAGGAAGAUGAUGAAGUCUAUUUCAUGGGCGGUGGUAAGAACAAGAAGAAGGGAGGUGCUGCUAAGGCUCCCAAGGAAAAGAAGUCAGAUAUUUUGAAGUUACCUUUAGCUACAAUGGAAGAUUUCUUCCUAGUCAAAGUGACUGUCCCUACCAAGAUCUCUGAAGUGCCUGCCACACUUGAAAAGUUGAAGGAGCGUAAAGAUAUCUACAAGGCAGAGCAGCCUAAAGUCACUGAAGCCAAUAAGAAGAAGGCAGAGGAAAAAAUUGCUGCCAUGACAGCAGCAGCAGAAGCAGAAGCAGCCGCCAAAGAGCAAGAAAAGGAGGUUGUUACUGUUCAAAUAGAAUAAAAAAAAAAUUCACAUUAUACACACACACACACACAAACACACACAAACACAUUUCAGAUACAAAAUAAACAUACUUUUUUUUUCUUUUCUC